AUGUACACUUUGGAUUAUAGCGGGGUCUAUGUCACACACGUGUCAAGCACCGGCGCCCCCAGGAUUUUAUUGUGUGGAAAUUUUGGAAGCCGCGGACACCGCACCAAUCACGGACUGAGUUUGAAUUUUUGCGGAAAUUAUGUUCGCUGGAAAAUUGGCCAAAAUUUGGGAGGUGAUUUUAGCAAGCGCACAGACACCGCGCUCCCUUCAACCACGUGCGUCGAGUCCUUGGGCACUGUACGCCAUACGAAAAGCAAGGAGAAGGCGGACUGCGCUGAGCUAGGGCACAACGGGUACCGGACAGAAGGUACACACGUCCGCCUCCUCACCGAAGGGGAGGAAGGUGCGAGUUCGACAACGGACGCCCAGCAAUCCCGACUCCGGCACCCCCAAGCCGACCGAUCGGCUUGCCCUCCUGGUCCCCUCCUCACGCGGACCGGCGCGCACCGAUUGAACGAGUGGCCCGAGCCGCAAUCCUGCGAGCGGCGACGCUCGGGAUGGCCACGGCUGAGGAAGGGACGAGCGCGAGUCACUCCCGCGCUUUCGAGCCCUCGCUACCGAAAUAGAGGGGCACAGGAGGUUGCGCUACCGAUGUGACUGUCUGCCGCAAGUCCGUGCUCAUGCCACCGCGUCGAGCCGGGGGCCCGCUUCGAGGGCUGCACCUCGAAAAAACGGAGUUCACACACUCGACGGACGUGACGCCGCUGCGCGAGACCUCGAUGGGGGUCUCCUCGAAAGGCCCUGUGCCCUUGCCCCAGACGAAGGGCACGUGACGCCCAUCGUGAGACAACUGGCGAGGGGAGCUCGUCAUGCUCGCCUCUCUGGAAGAGGCCCCCGACAGUCGCGACGCCGUACCCGUACGCUCUGUACCUCGCUCCUCUCCCUCGGAAGGAGGCCUUCCAAGAGCGGCAACGAACAGAAGCGUCGGAAGGCCAACCACGACGAUUUAGGGAGCCCCAUUGUCAGGGACGCUGGAAGGUGUCCCGUCUCGUCCGCACACGAAUCGGGAUGGAACCGAUAACCGGCACCAGCGCACGCUACCACCCCGCCAUAACGGGAGCCACUUCCGCUCUCGGAGGAAGACUUGGCGACGGACGCGACGGCGGCAAAAGGAGGUCCGAUAUACCGACCCUCGACAGGGAUACAGCAAACACGCCGCCGCGGUAACCAGAGAGCGAAGGAGCACGCAGGUUCAACUGGUUCGACGACCCGGAUGUCCGCCCGCUGUCCAAUCCCGCGCGCGCUGCGGUUCUAAGGAACAUUUUCAAGGUGUGUAUGCUGCGGUAGCGGGGGUUGCCCGAAAUAAUGCGACACGCGAAUUCCCAUGAGGGGCAUACUUCUGUAGGCAUUGUUCAGGGUUGCGGAAUUAAUAGCUAUUCUGUAGGUUCUUAGGUACUCGAUCAAGCAGAGUUUCGAGACAGAGAGGGGGAUGAGGAAGUCGGUUCGUGGCGAGGACCAGUCAUGUCCCCGACACGCAAUGACUUCUUGUCAGGGAGGACUACGAAGGGGGAGAAAUGGCACAACAAGGGCGCACGCGCAUCGCAAAUGAAAAGGGCACGUGACAAGAGAAACGGUUGACGACGACAUAGAGGAGACUGCGUCCUGAGAGAGAAUACAAUAGGGUCAGAUAGACAAGCACCCGUGGAUGCGGACGUCCCCGCUUAAGGGGGGGGGCCGUGUAGUAUAACGCCCCUGGGGCUUUUUAGUUAGAUUAGAUCAACAACGGGAUCCCAUACUGUAGAGCUCGACGCUCUACAGUACAACUGCGCGUGUCCACGUGUACACCACGGUGUCAGUGUCUCACACUCUUCCGCUCUCUGACACGAUCGCCGGCAUACAGGGUCUCGCACAAUCUGGAGAGGGAUAUCUCAUUGUACUACGUGCACAAUGAAAAUGAAACAUAGAUACGAAGCGAUCCGUU